AUUUUCGAUUUUUUUUCCCAUGUUUCCAGGCUUGCAGAUUAUGUUUCACACCUACAUCGGUCUGCUCGCUCUGGAUAGAACAUUUAUCAAUUGUUGUGUCUGUAAAUUAUCCUUUGUUUCGCACUCACAUGCGCAGCAGGCUCUAACUAACUGCUGCUGCUUACUGCGACAAAAUCAAAUAAAAUGUUUCGCAUGUGGUUAAGUUCUUCUCCCUGCGCAGCGGCAGCCCCUUGUGUUAGUGGAAUGAGUUCUUCUUUGCCCAUUAUCCGAGGAGCCACUGCGCCUGCUCGUGGUUAUUGUACCAAUAAUCUGUUUUUUCAAGAGUUUCUUGCGCAGUUCCGGCGGUGUGCAACAAGUAUCGUUUGUCUAAAUUCAAACCUUCGUUUCAUCAUUUUUGUCAUAUCGAGUAUUAUUUUUGUGGUUUCAUCCGUCCAAGCUGUCAGUCUGCGUUCUUUGCCCGAACAAGCCGGCGAAGCAGUCUAUCGAAAGGAUACAGCUAGAACCGGCUCCGAUCCGGAUUCCUCGCUCGCUCCUCAGCACCUUCCCGGGCAAUGCGAAGAAGAGACAGCAGCUGCACCUGCUAGUACGUCCAACUACCCGUCGGUCCUGCCGACCAUUUCCGCCCACCUACCAUCGGGGAAGCAAGUUCAGACAGAUUUGGUAUUUUCCGACCAGUACGUGCUGUCCGUGCACCAGCGCUUGGCAGAAGCUGCCGGCUUGAGGCGCGGCCAAAGGCUGCAACUGUUUUCGCAGAGUAACAACCACGUGUACCAGGAUGCCGACAGGGUGUGCCUGCUGUUCGAACCCGCGGAGGAGACGGAGCUGGUUUUGCCAGGUAACGGCAAUCCCAGCGGAGUCCAGAAAGAGCGAGUUGUUUCCAACACAGCGGUAUGCAUUGCAAAUAUGUCUGGGUCUGGAAACUUGUAUUGCUGGCUGCGAAAGAGAAAGACGAGGACGCCUCAUUUGACUGGUAAGCAUGACAAGUUUCGGAGGUGCUACAGUCUUGGCUUUUCUGCAUGACAAAGUGAGCUUCUGCAUGACAGAAAAGUGGGGCUUUUGGGUAAUGUGCCUGACAGACUUGAGAGUCAUGUCCGACAAGCAUGACAAACCUUUAGAUCUUUCCAGACCCAGACACUUUUGCAUUUGAUAUGCGGAUUGCGCAAUCGAUUUCCCGAGUCCACACGCUUUGGUCAUGGAAGACUAUGAAGAUCAAGAUGCAGAACAAGCGGAAGGCUUGGGGAGUGCACUCGAGGAAAACAAGCCGACCACAUCUUCGAACAGCUUGUUUCCGCGGGACCAACACCCGGCGCCGGCGCUACAAAGUUUUGCGGAAAAGCAACGCAGGCGCGCACUUGCAUUUCUGGCCGGAGGUCCUUCUCCCGCCAAAAAACAACCGAAAAAAGUGUCUAUCGUUAUAGCAGAGACUCUGGACGAGGAUCGAGAGCUGCAGCGUUCAUCAGGAUAUUUGGCUUCGUCGUCGGGAAUGACUGAUAAAAGCCGUGUGGUCCCAGCAACAACAUCUUGUCCACCUACUUCAGCCUCAACUACCCCGAAAGCCCCCAGAAUUCCUGGCUACAUCACCGCACUCCCCCGCGUCGGCGCAACAAUCGACCCGGAAAGCUGCGGGGUCCACCAGACUCUUCCGCACGAACCGGCAGUGCGUUUGAGGAAAGUGAGUAUCAAGCCUCGAGAUUUCACCGCGGUCGUUUCCGAAGACCGCAUCUUGCGUACCGAGAAGGAUCCGAGGGUGCGCUGGGUCCGUGCGGUGGAACUUGGCCGCGAAGACAUUGCGAGGGAAAUCUUCGAAGCCUUGGACUCUUCCUUCGUAGAGGUAGAGGAGUCGCAAGAUGUGGUAGGUGGAACUGACCGAAAGCUAAAGCGAGGCUCUUCGAUUUGCGUCGGCACAGCUGCAAGGGACUGCACGACCGGAAGCAGUGGCAGCGCAUCUUCAACGGCACCACCCGCGGCCACGUCCUCAGGCGGUCCCCGCUGGACUCAAGCCUUGGAAGACCGGCACGGGCAUGCGCUGCAAACACUUCUGCAGUGCGGGGCAUUUGCAGAUGCGCCAUUGCCGUACUUGCUCGCCACAUCCGUCUACGCGGACGAGGAUGAUGCGAUGGAGGUGGUGGACAACGAGGACGUCGGUGCAGCAGCUACGAGUUCAACUACUAUGUCUCACACUUCCCGGCGCCGGACAAACACCUACUUCAGUCUCCGCUCGCAGGAAGAGCUGUUUCUCAUGGAACUAGUCCGAGGAAACACGGCCGGGGUGGGUAUGAUUUUCCAAAUCAUCACGCCAAAGCAUAUCCAUUACCUGCUCAACCUGAACCUCUACGCCGCCGCAGACCACCGUCUUGUUCUGCACAAGGAUGUGCAAACUCUGGGCGACGCCCCGGCCAUGUGCGUCGCGGCCUUUUGCGGGCAUCGAGAUUUGGUGCAGUUCCUCUUGCAGUAUGGCGGUAGGCACGAUGUUAGUUCCUGUUGGGGGCUGCAGCCACUGCACUACGCCGUGAUGCAGGCCUGGCCGCAAGUGGCCUACGUUCUGGCGGGCGCGAACGCCUGCAUUUACAACAGCGACAAUCUUUGGAACAGCUCGCCCUUAGAUUUCGCGAAGAGGGGCGCUGCACCGCUGGCUGAAACAGCAGAUAGGAGGACCGUCGCCAGAGCAGACGAAAGGCACAGUUUGUGCCAAUUGCUGCUGUCCGAGGGAGCGGGUACACCGGUGGGGGCAGCGAGUAGGAGCAACGACGCAGAUACGAGUCUUGCCGCCAACUUUUUUCCAAGUUGACCUAGACCUUGCCGCGUUUCAACUACACCCGACAUCGAUUUAUAAUGCCUCAGUUCCCUCGGCGCGACAAUGGCGGACUCCUGGUCCUGCCGCUGCGUUUUAGUAUAGUAAAUUAUCUACCAUAAUGAACAACUUCUGAUUCAUCUGUGUGGCUGAGGACGGGGUAGCGCAAGUGUGACGACUCCUUUUCUCUCGUCCAGAUCGCGUCUGCAAACAGGACAAAAUAACGUUGGGCACUUAAUAUGUGGUAAUGCUGGCACUCCCAGUUACACCGAAAACGUACAGAGACCAAGGCAACUUUAUAAAUAUGUCC